UUUCAGCUGAUUGGUUUUUAGUACCGACAUAAGUCAUUCGGAAAGUUUAUUUUGUGUAUGAUUAAAAUAAAUUAGCUUUAUAAACUUCACAAACAAUUAAAAACAUGGGUGAAAUAAAUAAACCUUCAUUACGCAUUGACUGGUUUGAUGGUACGCUAAUAGAAGACACUCGGCCGGGUAGUGACACCAACCCAUUUGGCGACGAAGAACAGUCAGAUCCACAAUCCUCGUCAAGACCACAAAUUGUUGAGAAAAAACCCAUAGGCUUCAAAAGAUUACAAGAUAUCUCUGCUAUGAGACCACCAGCUUUGACUUUAGAAGUUUCACAUAGACCAGGGUUUUGGAACCUCCUAGACGUAGAAUUGAAAGGAGAUUUUAUUGUGUUGAUUGUCAAAGUGUUAGCAAAUAUUUAUAAAUCGCUAGAGCCAGAUGAAAAAUCUAGAAUCGCAUCGCAGCUUAAAUCGAAAUUGGAGAAAUCUAUUUUUUUAAAUACUUUGAAGGAAUAUGUAGCUGGCUUGCCAGUUGUUAGGAUAUCAGAGAAAAAAAUGAAUUUUCAAUUAUGGAAUGAUGUUGAAUUGUUUUUUAAUGACUUGAUUGCGCUUUGUGAAGGUAUAGUUAAUUUUGGCAGUCAUAGUAUUGAUUUUCUGAAAGAAAUUUAUGAUUUAUUAGAAAUAUCUGAUACUAGUGCAGUAGGUGUCAUAGAGGAGCAUAAGGAGACCAUAAGUAGUGACUUUUUUUGUAGGAUUGAUGAAGUUAAAUUGACUUUGUCAAAAAUGAUCAGUGAGGAUCCUAGUGAACAAAUUAGUACUAAUAAAACCACAGAGAUUGCGAUAGAUCCAAAUAGUUACAAGAAUGUACAUAUUUUUCCAAAAAGAGAUGAUUUAUUUGGAGAAAACAAAUUGAAUAUUCAACCGAACAUAAUUAACGGAGCCUAUAUUGAUGUGCAGCACUAUGUUGAUUUACAGUUUAAGUUAUUAAGAGAAGAUUACUUAGGACCUUUGAGGGAAGGAAUAAAUAAAUAUGUACAAAAUCCUACAAAAAGAAGACAUGAGAACAUAAGAGUUUACCCAGAAGUUCGUAUCCUACGUACUUAUGUAAGCAACAACAGAGUUGGUCACCUAGUCGACAUAGCAUGGAAAGAGAGGUCAAGCCAAGGUGUUGUUGACAGUAAAAAGUUGGCACAAAAUAAGCAACUUAUGUUUGGAUCGUUGCUACUCUUCACAAGUGACAAUUUUGAAACAAUUUUGUGUGCAACUGUACUUGAUUCUAGUGCAAUCUUACUGUCUGAGGGAUAUGUGGCUGUAUCAUUCCAAAGUCUAUUAUCCAAGUCUGCAUUUACAGUAGCAUACUUGAUGGUGGAGAGUGAAGUGUUUUUCGAACCUUACCAUAGAGUGUUGAAGGUUUUACAAUGUUCUAAGUUGGAUGACUUCCCGAUGAAAAGAUACAUUGUCGAUGUACAGCCAGAAACACUGUCACCGUCGUAUUUGACAUCAGAAACCAUUUACACAGUACAAAGCAGUCAUAAACCGGAAGAAAUAUGUUUCCCUGUACUAGACGAAGAGCAAUGGCCGCCAGCAGACUAUUUGGGCCUCGACAGCUCCCAAAUGGAAGCGUACAAAUUCGCCUUAACUAGAGAAUUUGCCGUCAUCCAAGGCCCACCUGGCACAGGAAAAACAUUCAUAGGGGUCAAAAUCGCAUCAACCCUUCUCAAAAAUUUGUCAUUAGAUGGAACUCCCAUGUUAGUAAUUUGUUACACGAAUCACGCACUUGAUCAAUUUCUUGAAGGUAUUCUGGGAGUAACAAAAAAUAUUAUCAGACUGGGAAGUCAAAGCAAAAGUAAAAUAUUAGAGCCGUACACACUACACAAUUUGCGAAUGAAAAUGAAGUCGAAAUAUUCAUAUUUAUACGCGAAUAAGAGAUCUGAACUAGAGAGGAUAUUUAAAGAGAUGAUAGAUCUGCAAAGUGAGAUAGAGAAAUGCGAGAAAGAGAUUUUAUCUUACAAAACCAUUAAAACACAUCUCAAAAUCGGUGACCAACUGUAUGAACUGAACAGUUCUAAAGACGAUCCUGUAUUAGGUUGGUUAUUUAAUGAUAAUGAAGAAAAUAGUGAAAUUGUAGAACUGGAGGAGUGGGAGAGGCUAGACGAGCUGAGCGUAGAUGAUUAUAUCGAUACUUGUUUUUCCGAGAAAUGGGCAAAGAAAGAGAUAGAUUCGAUGAGGAAUAGUCUGAGAUAUGUGAAGGAUGUGACUGAUGACCAAUUGGUGGUUGAGAAUAUGGCGGACAAAUUUGAAGAGCAAAUAGACAAAAUUUGGCAGCGGUUGCGUUGUUUCAGGAAAAAUAUAAUGUCAAUUCCGAAUUCGAAUACAGACAUACCUAAAGUGGACAGCUUGUACAAAUUAACAUCGGAACAGAGGUGGAGAGUGUACCAUAGUGCAGUAGCAGGCAUCAAGAAUAAAUUAUCGCUCAAAAUGGAUGAUUUAUUGUUAAAACACAACACUUGCAAUGACGAGCUGAACGAAGUAGCGACCCUGAUAGACGGAGAAUUAAUGAAGUGUGUUAGAGUGGUGGGGGUGACCACAACUACUGCGGCCAGGAGACACGAUCUCAUGAAAAAGCUGCUGUCGCCUAUCGUAAUUAUCGAGGAGGCGGCAGAGGUAUUGGAAGGACACAUCGUGGCCUCUCUCACGAAUAACUGUCAACAUCUCAUACUUAUUGGUGAUCACAAACAACUGCGGCCCACCGCGGCCCAUUACAAAUUAGCAAAAGAGUACAAUUUGGAAAUUUCUUUAUUCGAGCGUAUGAUUCGAAAUGGGAUACACGCCCGCACACUGACAACCCAGCGUAGAAUGCGACCGAAUUGUGUUCAACUACUCGUGCCUACAAUCUAUGAGAGGUUGGACAGCCAUCCUUAUGUGUUCGGUUAUCCUGACGUGAGAGGAAUGAAGGAUAACUUGUUCUUUGUCACGCACGACGUUUUUGAAGAUUCAGAUAGUCUGGAAGAAAGUUGGAGUCACAAAAACUCAUUGGAAGCCAAGUGGUGCGUCGCUUUAGCGAAUUAUUUACGAGAAAUGAAGUAUGCAAGUGAAGACAUCACCGUUCUGUCUACGUACACUGGACAAGUCUCACUGAUCAAAGAAAUAAGCAAAAACUACAAACUGCUUCGCGAUGUCAAAGUCACUCCUGUAGACAACUACCAGGGAGAGGAGAACAGGAUAGUGAUAUUAUCUUUAGUAAGGAGCAACAGAGACGGCAAGAUUGGCUUCUUAGCGGCUGUCAAUAGAAUAUGUGUGGCGCUGUCUCGGGCUAAAGAAGGAUUCUAUUUGUUUGGCAACAUGAAUGUCUUGACAUCAGCAAGCAGUGUGUGGCGAGCAAUCAACGACAAAUUAGUUGCGCAAAAUGCUGUUGGACGCGAACUAACCAUCUGCUGUGAUACUCAUAGAGAUAAUGUCCUUAAAAUCACAGAUCCAGAUGAGCUUAAUGACUGUUUCUCAGGGUCGUGUCUAAGGGUUUGCAAUAAAAAAUAAUGUUCAAAUGGCAAUACAUUUAUUUGUGUUGGUUUUACAAUAAAGAGGUGCUCGUAAA